AUGUCCACUAACAACAAUACAGUAACAUCGGUGAAGCAAACAAGUUUUCUGACAGACUUCCUCAUGGGAGGUGUGUCAGCAGCUAUUGCGAAGACUGGUGCUGCUCCGAUAGAACGAGUGAAGUUGAUGAUACAGAAUCAAGAUGAAAUGAUCAAGCAAGGCACUCUGAGCCACCGCUACACAGGAAUACUCGAUUGUUUCAGAACGACUGCCCAAUCUCAAGGGGUCCUGUCGUUCUGGCGAGGCAAUACUGCCAAUGUGAUCAGAUACUUCCCGACGCAAGCCUUGAACUUUGCUUUCAAAGAUAAGAUCAAGGCACUCUUCGGGUACAAGAAGGAGACGGAUGGAUACUUCAAAUGGUUUGUAGGUAACGUUGCAUCCGGUGGUGCAGCAGGCGCACUGUCGCUGGGGUUCGUGUACUCACUAGACUACGCCAGGACAAGAAUGGCGGCCGAUGCCAGUGCUAACAGGGACCUUAAGAAGCGUCUCUCGAAAGGCCUCGACGCACCGAUGCCACAGAGACAGUUCAAUGGGAUACUCGACGUCUACAGAAAGACGUUUGCUACAGAUGGUAUUGCAGGCCUGUAUCGUGGGUUUGCACCCUCUGUUCUGGGUAUCAUGAUCUAUAGAGGCCUCUAUUUUGGCCUCUAUGAUACCUUGAAACCAACACUCCUCGUGGGCAAGAUGUCUAACUCCUUUACUGCAUCGUUUAUGCUUGGUUGGAUCAUCACUAUUACUGCCUCUACCAUAUCGUACCCGCUUGAUACCGUUCGAAGGAGAAUGAUGAUGACUUCUGGUCAAACCGUCAAAUACAAGGGCUCUUACGACUGCUUCCAGCAAAUCUUGAAAACUGAGGGCUCCGCUUCCCUCUUUAAGGGGUGUGGGGCAAAUAUAUUCAGAAGUGUAGCAGCAGCAGGUGUCAUCUCCCUCUAUGAUCAGUUUCAAAUGAUAUUCUUCGGUAAAACAUUCAAAUAG